ACUCACCCCACUCUCAGCAAUCACACUUAAAAAUCUCUCGCAGUUUAUCUGUUCGAUAUAUUGCUCCAAUGGCAAACCGCGCUGCAAUUCUUGCUAUUUUCGCCGCAUUUGCGUUGGCAGGCCUCGUAAAUUCGUCGAAAUUCGACCCACUCUUCCAGCCUAGCUGGGCGUUCGAUCAUUUCACCAGCGAAGGAGAAGUUGUUCACAUGAAGCUCGAUAAUCACUCCGGAGCUGGAUUCUCUUCAAAGAGCAAGUACUUGUUUGGAAAAGUCACUGUUCAGAUCAAGCUUGUUGCCGGUGAUUCCGCUGGAACUGUUACUGCCUUCUAUAUGUCAUCUGAAGGGCCUUACCACAAUGAGUUUGAUUUUGAGUUCUUGGGGAACAAAACUGGGGAGCCUUACCUUGUCCAAACAAAUGUGUAUGUUAAUGGGGUUGGAAACAGAGAGCAAAGGUUGAACCUUUGGUUCGACCCCACCAAGGAUUUCCACUCUUACUCCAUUUUCUGGAACCAGCGCCUAGUUGUAUUCUUGGUGGAUGAGACACCAGUGCGUGUGCACUCAAAUUUAGAGCACAAAGGAAUCCCAUUUCCCAAGGAUCAAGCAAUGGGAGUCUAUAGCUCAAUUUGGAAUGCUGAUGAUUGGGCCACACAGGGCGGUUUGGUGAAGACGGACUGGUCCCACGCGCCCUUCGUCGCGUCCUACACGGGCUUCGAGAUCAACGCGUGCGCGUGCCCGGGCGAGGUGGCGGCCGCCGACAUCCAGAAGAGGUGCAGCAGCAGCGCCGAGAGGCGGUACUGGUGGGAUGAGCCCACCGUGUCGGAGCUCAACGUACACCAGAGCCACCAGUUGGUGUGGGUGAGGGCGAAUCAUAUGGUGUAUGAUUACUGCUCUGACACGGCGAGGUUUCCCGCCACACCAGCCGAGUGCGAGCACCACCGACACUAGUGUGUGUGUAUUUUGGAAGUGUGAAAUAGGGUUGGGAAUGUUUCUCUAGUCAUUUGACAUGGGCUCCAUGUUAGUUUUUUGUUCUACAUUGCCUUCCUUUUUUUUGUAAUAUAUUUUCAUUUCAUUAGGUUUAUAAUAAAAUCUUUGUUCCUUGCAA